GUUGGCGACGGGCGUGCUUUACCUUUCAACAGAUAUCAGUCAAGGAGUGUCCGCCAUGGACGUAUCCUUCGAGCUUCAAGACGAGCUACAGGCACUUCAGGACAUCCCAAACUACGACAUCCCAAAUGAACGGGAUCCCAACAGCAACGAUCCCGGCCCCUUAUUGCAACAGGCUGUCGGAGCGAUUGCUCAUUCAUCCGAAGAAAUAACUGAUCCGGAGAUAUUUGAUAUAUUCCGAAGUCUUCUCAAGCAUUCCGAUGCAGUCGCUGGUGCUUAUAUGAGCAAAAUGCUCGAUGCUCUACUCUCUGCAUUCGGAGCUCAAAUUGAUGCUGCAAUACGCGACUCCAAGGAAGAAGACCAACAGAUUGUUAUGGCUCAUAAGAUGCCUUUGGAAAUGUAUGCCUUCUUAGUUAAUUGGUUUGUAGGUGCCGCUGAGAAGGUGAAGGCAAUGGGUGAAGAGGACGCUCCACCAGCACCUGUGAAGGCGCGUCGUGGGAGGGGCGCAAAGUCUGGUACCUCGAGGGCGGCUGCGAAGAAGGCGGAACAAUGGACAUGGAUCGAUCAGAUCCCUGGCACUCUGGAACUCAUUUGCAAGGCGUUGAAACUGAAGACGCACCGCAUCUGGGUGACUAGCCCGGAGAGAGAUGCGUUCAUAACAUGCCUUACCCGCCCCGCGUACCAUGUUGCCGAGUCUGAACAAUAUAUGAAGACUCAAAACGUCCGCAUGCAUGUCUACAAAGUCAUUUGCCUUGCUGUAAAGCAUCACGGUCACACGCUCGCUGCGCAAAUCAACAUCAUGCAAUCCUUGCAGUACUAUGAACACCUCUCUGAACCCAUGGCAGAGUGCCUUUCUAUCCUGGCAAAGGAAUUUGAUCACGCCCAACUUGGCGACGAGAUACUUCGCGAAAUCGCUGGAAAAUCGUUCAGUGCGCAGGACACCAAGGGUCCAAGAGCGUUCUCCCGAUUCCUGGUUAGGUUCAGCGAGGAGUCGCCGCGAUCCGUUCUUAAGCAAAUCAGUCUCUUGAUUGACCAUCUCGACUCAGAGUCUUAUCCUAUGCGCAUGGCAAUUGUUGAAGUUAUCGGCUCACUCAUUCGUGAACUCGCUACCUUGAUGGGCUGUUUGAACUCCUUCCUUUCGCGAACGCUUGAUCUAUCCUCUUACGUACGCUCUAAGGUCUUCGCAACACUCUCAAAGAUGCUUGAUCUGCCUUUACGUCUUCCAGAGCAGCGGCUCCGGAUCACGCGCGCUGCCGUUGACACGUUGGAGGAUAAGGCGAGCACAGUACGCAAGGCCGCUGUUUCGAUACUUGUGAAGCUAAUUCUGACCCAUCCAUAUGGAGAUAUGUAUGGGGGUGACUUGAGCUUGGAAAAGUGGGAGGAACGGUAUAAGACUUGGAAGGACAAGUUGGAGGAGAUGGAAGGUGGCAUCGGGAAAGCGGUUGAGAGGGACCAAAAUGACAAAGAAGAGGUAGAGUCUAAUGUCGAAGAGGAAGAUGCUGAUGAGGACGAAGACACGGAAAUGGAGGACACAGAUGUAAACGACGACGGCGACGCAUCAUCAAACAAACCGAAGCCUAAAAAGAAAAAGGCAAGCCGGAAAUCUACCGUCGAUGUCACAGCCAUCGUCUCGGAACAAGAAGCACUUGCUGCCCUGGAGACUAAUGAAAUUCUUGCCAUGGGUUUGCGCAAGAAGUACUGCACGGAGGCACUGGAUUUCAUCCGUACCCUAGAAGGCGGGAUGGUGUGGCUCACGCAGCUUUUGGGGAGCACGAACAAGGCAGAAGUAUUGGAGAGCAUGGAGUUUUUCAGGGUCGCAUUUGAGUACCAGCUUGCCAGUGCCGAGAAGGGCAUCAAACGUAUGCUACAUCUUAUAUGGCACAAGGAUAACAGCUCAACGUCGGAGGACGGGAAGGAGCUGAAGGGGGUGCGGUCGAGGCUCCUCGAAUGCUACCGUAUGCUGUACUUUGACCCCCUACCCGACAUGGAACCUAAGCAGCAAGUGAACCGUAUUGCCAAAAAUAUGAUCGAAUUGACAUACGAAGCAACGCUUGCAGAGCUUACCAGUUUAGAAGAGAUGAUGCGUAUCAUGAUGGAAGAUGGCCGGAUCCACCAUGAUGUGAUCAAUAAGUUAUGGCAAGUUUACAGCGCUCCUCAAGCUUUGCCCCGCUCUCAACGUCGUGGUGCAAUCAUCAUACUCGGAAUGUUGGCACUUUCGAAACGCACCAUUAUUUCUGAGAAGGUGGACACAUUGCUGAAGAUUGGUCUUGGACCAUUCGGCAAGGCCGAUCUCACACUUGCAAGGUACACGUGUCUUGCCCUGCAACGCUUGAACGGCAGUGCAAAGAAGGUCAAAGGAUCUCUUCUCGAUAAAUCCCUUCGGAUGGAGAUGGAAAACCCCAUCUUCCGUAAGUUGCAAAACACCAUAGAGCACCCCUGUCGAUCGAAAGACUGGUUCGGCAUGGCCGAACAAGCAAUCAACACUAUCUACGCCCUAGGAGAGCACCCCGACGAGCUUUGUAAUAACCUUGUGAAGAAUCUUACCCGGAGGGCAUUUGCCAAGCAGCAAAAUCCGGAAGAGCCUUCAUCCGAGCCGGACAUAGAGACGAUGGAGGUGGAUCAAGAGAUGGAACCCCCGGAGCCAGUGUCGCAAGCGCCCUCUAGUACAUAUUUGUCGACCCAGCAGUCGAGCAUGAGCGAGAAAGAUCUUGGAGAUGUCUUUCAUCUCAGUCAGCUGCUUUUUGUCGUAGGGCAUGUGGCCAUCAAGCACAUCGUCUUUUUGGAGCUGGUGGAAAGGGAAUGGAAACGGCAAAAGGAUGAGAAACAGUUAGCGGAAAAGCUUGCAGCUGGGGGCUUACCCAAUGGUACCAAUAAGGAGACCGAAGAGCUUGAUCAAGUUGCUGGCAAUGCAGAGGAUGAGAUUGGUGAACGGAUAGCUGCCGUUCGCGAAACUGAGCUGCUCUAUGGAGAGCAGUCGUUGCUGAAGUUGUACGGCCCGUUGCUAGUCCAUGUGUGCGGUAGUCCACAUAAAUUCAAGAAUCGCACACUUCGUGCUGCUGCAACUCUCUCGUUUAGCAAGUUCCUGUGUGUCAGCUCACAAUUUUGCGAUCAGCACCACCAUCUCCUCUUCAAGAUCCUUGAGACCUCAAGAGACCCAAAUAUUCGUAGUAACAUUGUCAUUGCUCUCGGCGAUGUGGCAGUCUCGUUCAGCAACAUUAUCGACGAGAACAGCAAUGAAUUAUAUAAAGGCCUUUCUGAUGGUGAUCUUGUCGUAAAGAAGAACACGCUGAUGGUGCUCACGCACUUGAUCCUCAACGGGAUGAUCAAAGUGAAAGGUCAGCUAGGCGAGAUGGCCAAGUGUCUAGAGGAUGAGGAGCUACGGAUAUCCGACCUUGCGAAGCUGUUUUUCAAGGAGCUGUCGACGAAGGACAACGCGAUCUACAACAACCUACCUGAUGUCAUCAGUCACUUAUCCACAGGUGACCACGCCGUUGAGGAGGAAACUUUUAAAAGCACCAUGCGCUACAUCUUUUCUUUCAUUGAGAAGGCCACCGAAAAUAUUGUGGAGAAGCUUUGCCAGCGUUUUAGACUCUCUGAGGAUCCCCGUCAAUGGCGCGACAUCGCAUUCUGCUUGUCUCUCCUUCCAUUCAAGUCAGAGCGAUCGGUCAAAAAACUCAUCGAAGGCAUGCAAUUCUACCGCGAUAAGCUGCACGAGGAGGGCGUGUUCGACAGGUUUAGUGAGAUACUUACAAAGGCGCGCUCCAAUAAAUCGGCGAACAAGCCAGACACGGAGCUCAAUGAAUUUGAAUCGAUACUUGACGAACAUCGACGCCAAGGCGCAGAGGACCAAGCCUUUGAAAAGCGCGUUGAAGGCAAGAAAGCAGCUGCGAAACGGAAAGCUACACGACGAUCCGUGCGCAAGAAAGUUGUUGAAGCCGAGCCUGAGCCAACAUCGCACGCCCCGGCCACACGGGAUGAUGACGAUAUGUAUGUGUAAACCGGACUUUACACAUUCGGGGUCUCUUGAAUGUAACUAUGCAGCCAACACGUAAACUAGUAUUUCCGCAGGUGUACCAACAUUAUAAUUUGGUUAAAAAUGAGUAUUUGAAUGCCUUGCAA